AUGCAGAUGUGCCGCCAGCAAGCCCGAGCCCUCAGCCUUUUCAGCGUCUUUCAAAGGUCCGAGACUGAGGGGUGCGGGGUCUCCGCAGCCCCAGGGGGAGGGGCGGCGCAAACCCAACUCGCCACGCUCCGGGCGCCACCUGUAACUUGGUUCUCUCCGCAGCCCCGCGUUGCUCCACGAGAAAGCAGAGGCCGAGCCAGGGCGGGUGCGGUGGCCGCUGUGGUGGCCAAGCGGGAGGGGCCGCUGUUCAUCAGCGAGGCCGCUGUGCGGGGCAACGCCGCCGUCCUGGAUUACUGCCGGACCUCGGUGCCGGCGCUGUCAGGGGCCACGGCCGGCAUCCUCGGCCUCACCGGCCUCUACGGCUUCAUCUUCUACCUGCUCACCUCCAUCCUGCUCUCCCUGCUCUUAAUUCUCAAGGCGGGAAGGAGGUGGGGCAAAUAUUUUAAGUCGCGAAGACCUCUCUUUACAGGAGGUCUCAUCGGAGGCCUCUUCACCAACGUCCUGUUCUGGACAUUCCUCUACGGCAUGGUGCACGUCUACUGAAACGUGGGCAGGGAUGACUUUAAAAAAAAAACAGAUUGGGAGGACUGUUGCCGGAAAUUAACACUAGGUAGACUUACCUAGUUUUUAAAUUAUUGGAGUCGCCGCUU